GGAUACCUACAAAAACCUCCAUCACCCAACACAGGAUGUCCAGUGACUUGCACAGCCUCCCUCCAGCAUAGUCUGGCAUCUGGGCAUCAGACUGGAAGUGGACAGCACGUGUUAAUAAUGACAGUAUCAGGACCUCUUACACACCAGCUUGUUUGGAGUCCUGGCUGCCUAGCGUGAAAACAGUGAAUGUACAAAUGUCCCGAUCCAGAAGCCGACGCUAUGCUGUAAACGACCUUGAACGCGCGCCCCGCAGGCGCCUUCUUAACUGUCGGUGGCCUUAGGCAGACCAUGUGGACCCUGGUAAGCUGGCUGGCCUUCAUGGCAGGCCUGGUGGCUGGAACACAGUGUCCAGAUGGUCAGUCGUGCCCUAUUGUCUGCUGCCUGGACCCCGGAGGAGCCAGCUACAGCUGCUGCAACCCUAUUCUGGACACAUUGCCUAUGGUAAUGAGCGAUCGUCUAAGUGGCAUCUGUCAGGUCCAUGACCACUGUCCUGGAAGUUACUCGUGUCUCCUCACUGUGUCAGGGACUUCCAGUUGCUGCCCUUUCCCUAAGGGUAUAUCUUGUGGUGAUGGCUACCACUGCUGUCCCCGGGGCUUCCACUGUAGUUCGGAUGGGACAACCUGCUUCCGACAUUCAGAUAGCCUCCUGAGGGCUGUCCAGUGCCCCGGUAGCCAAUUCGAAUGUCCGGAAUCCUCUACCUGUUGCGUUAUGCUUGAUGGUUCCUGGGGGUGCUGCCCCAUGCCCCAGGCCUCUUGCUGUGAAGACAAAAUACAUUGCUGUCCCCAUGGGGCCUUCUGUGACAUGAUUCAUACAGAAUGCAUUUCACCUAGGGGCACCCACCCCCUGUUAAAGAAGUUCCCUGCACAAAGGAAAAGCAGGGCAGUGGCUUUGCAUUUUUCGGUGGUGUGCCCUGAUGCCCAGACCCAGUGCCCUGAUGAUUCUACCUGCUGUGAGCUACCCAGUGGGAAGUAUGGUUGCUGUCCAAUGCCCAAUGCCGUCUGCUGUUCCGACCAUCUGCACUGCUGUCCCCAGGACACUGUGUGUGACCUGAUCCAGAGUAAGUGCCUAUCCAAGAAGUCCACCACGUACCUCCUGUCCAGGCUGUUUGGAAACCCAGUGCCUAUUCUGAAGGAGGUGGAGUGCGACUCGGAGGUGAGCUGCCCAGAUGGAUACACUUGCUGCUACCUUACCAUCGGGUCCUGGGGCUGCUGUCCAUUUAGCAAGGCUGUGUGUUGUGAGGACCAUAUACACUGCUGCCCAGAAGGGUUUCAUUGUCACACAGAGACAGGAACCUGUGAAAUGGGAGGCCUCCGGGUGCCCUGGAUGAAGAAGGUCAAAGCCCCCCUCAGCCUGCUAGAUGCAGAAAUCUUCCAGAGUGAUGUCCCCUGUGAUGACUUCACUGUCUGUCCUCCUGACAAUACCUGCUGCAGACUCAGUUCUGGGGGCUGGGGCUGUUGUCCCAUCCCAGAGGCUGUCUGCUGUGCAGAUCACCAGCAUUGCUGCCCCAAGGGCUUCACAUGUACAGCGGAGGGGUACUGUCAGGGGGGAAACAGAAUGGUGGCUGUCCUGGAGAAGAUACACCCUCACGAGACAUUUCUGUCCCAAAUUGGAGAUAACAAUUGUGACCAGCACACCAGCUGUCCGGUGGGGCAGACCUGCUGCCCUAGCCUGAAGGGAGACUGGGCCUGCUGCCAGUUACCCCAUGCUGUGUGCUGUGAAGACCGGCAGCACUGCUGCCCGACUGGGUACAUCUGCAACGUGAAGGCAAGGACUUGUGAGAAGGCUGUGAAUUCCAUCCAGAUUCCUGUCCACCUGACCUUAGGCCCUCAGGUUGGGGAAGUGGAGUGUGGGACAGGGCAUUACUGCCAUGAUGGCCAAACCUGUUGUAGAAACAGCCAAGGAGGCUGGGCCUGCUGUCCCUACCUAGAGGGCACUUGCUGUGCAGAUGGCCAUCACUGUUGUCCCAUUGGCUUCCACUGUUCAGUCAAGGGAACCAAGUGUUUUCGAAGGAAGAUCCCUCACUGGGACACAUCUUUGACGAAUCCAGCCCCAAGACAGCUGCUGUAAGGAGGGGCUAAAGACUAAAGAACUCCACAGCCCUGGGUUCAGAGGUUAUCCAUCACUCAGGCCUCCCUAAACCACCCCUUCCCCUAGAGUCACCCCAUCACCAUGGGAGGUGGGACCUCAAACUAAGACCUUUUAUGCAAGGAAGGCUGUGGCAAAAGCCCCAUUUCAAACUGCCACUUCUUCCGAUUUCUGUGAACCUAUGGCCAGGUGCUCUCCCGAUCCACAGGUAUUGUGUGAGCUUGCUUGUGUGUUUGUGUGUGUGUAUGUGCGCGCGCGCGCGUGUAUUUGCUCCAAUAUAAAGUUUGUACACUUUCUUA